CGCCAAUCUUUUCCCGCCCGCCGUGGAUUCGCGGCUCUUCUUCCCUGUUCUUUGCGGCCCCAGCAGUGCCUUUUUCCUUUUGUUCUUCAUAUAACUGUUUGACUGCAUGAUUUAGCCAUUGCAUUAGUUUUGUUCACGUCUUUCCUUCUUUGUCUAUAUUUCUUUAUACGCGUUCCACUUGGUAUCCUUACGCCUUACGCCCCCCACUUUUCCGCCUGGUGACCGAUUCUGCUCCAUGGGAUUUUUCGACCACCUCCAAAAAGGAGGCUCUUUUUCCCUGCAAGCUCAGAGGCCGCAGAUACGCAAGGUUGUUCAAGCACGGCCUGUUGCUCCCUCGAGAUCGUCGUCGCAAGCCACAGACAAAGCGCCAUCGCGAGUCUCGUCCGUGAAUGGCAGGAAGACACGAGAGCCGGAGAGCAGAUCAGUCUCCAGAGAUCCGGACCAGCGCCCCUCGAGACAGCGAUUAAAUACACCAUCGCGCAAUCGCAAGAGACAAACCCCCGAAUUGCGACUAUCGAGUGAUGAUGAUGCAAGCGAUUCCGAUACUUCCUUUGAGGUGCGCAAGCGGGCUAGGACGGGCGACAGCGCAGAUCCAGACCCUGAAAGACGUGUGCGCUCAUUAAAGGCAUUUUCUGAGGAGGGCAGCAAGCCAUUCUCUAUGGUGCAUGCCGCGGAUAUAGUGUCUUUGCAGAAGGCAGGGAGGUUCAAGCGUGCAUUCGGGGAGACAGACAAAUCAACGGAGAUCCUUCUUCAAUACCCUAGUGCUUCGCAAAAAGAAAGAUUUUGUUUUGUUAGAUUCAACCUGCUUGUGCCACGAGACAACGACGACUUCAAGCCGAUCGACGAUAUUUUUCAGGUCAUCGAAACUGUUUCACAACAUUACGUCUCGGAAGACGAAGCGGAUGAGUUUAAUGAUGAGUCGACUGGCAUCAAACGGAGACUGCGGCGGGCUCUUGCACAUUCGUCUGAGACGGAAUUCCGAGAAACCGUGGCCGAUUACAAUCGCGCCAUUGACAAGCUGAGGCGCAGUGGGAGUAUCGCAAAAAAGCUCGAUGCGACACAUCGGUUAAGCUUGCCUCAUGUGGAGCGGAUAUUGACUCAGAUCUAUUCACGCACUGUCUCGCCUCGAGUUGAAUCCCUCCGGCAGUAUGAGAACGGAACCGAUAAUGUUUACGGAGAGCUCCUCCCGCGUUUCAUCAGCAAUAUCUUCAAAGAGACAGGGUUGAAGUCGGGACAGGUUUUCGUCGACAUGGGCUCUGGCGUUGGUAACGUGGUUCUCCAGGCAGCCUUGGAAAUUGGUUGUGAGAGCUGGGGAUGCGAAAUGAUGCAAAACGCAUGCGAUCUCGCCCAACUUCAGCAGGCCGAGUUCAGAGCACGAUGCCGUCUUUGGGGUAUUGCGCCAGGAAAAACGCACCUUGUCCGUGGCGAUUUCCUCAAGGAAGACAGUAUGAUCGAGGUCCUAAAGCGAGCCGAUGUCAUUUUGAUCAACAACCAGGCUUUCACUCCUCAACUCAAUAACGAGCUGAUCAACCAUUUCCUAGACAUGAAGGAGGGGUGUCAAAUCGUUUCUCUCAAGUCGUUCGUUCCUGCAGGCCACAAAAUUACAUCGCGAAAUCUCAACUCGCCCGUCAACCUUCUCAAAGUCAAGCAGAAGAACUACUGGUCCAACAGUGUCAGCUGGACAGACGUCGGGGGCACCUAUUUCAUCGCUACCAAAGACAGCUCUAGACUGAAAGCCUUUGUCGAAGGCAUGUAGUGAGAAGUUCCUCACUAUUUUCAUCACCACUAUACAGUCAUUUUUGCAUUUUGUAUAGACGAUCGGCCGGCUUAAUGCCAGAUCUGUUUUGGGUUUUUUGGUUUAAUUUUGUGUAUUGGCAUUGGAA